AUGCAUAAGGAGGUCCGAGACGUCUACCACAAGAAGACCAAAAGGAUCAGUUUCGACGAGGGCCGGCAGUGGACACAGCACACUUUCUCCUCGGUGCCGCUGUUCGUGGACGGAGUUCUGGUGGAAGCUGGAGCCGAGAACCAGAUCAUGACGUUCUUUGGUCACUUCAGUCACCGCUCUGAGUGGCAGCUCAUCAAGAUCGACUACAAGUCCAUCUUCAGCAGAAAGUGCACAGAGGAGGAUUAUCAGACCUGGCACCUCCACAACCAGGGAGAGCCUUGUGUGAUGGGCCAGAAACAGAUCUACAUGAAGCGGCGGCCCGGGAACUAUUGCAUGCUGGGAAAGGACUACUCCAGGAUCCUGUCGGCGGAGUCUUGCAUCUGCAGAGCUCACGAUUUCGAAUGCGAUUAUGGAUACGAGCGCAGAGGAGACGGAAACUGCCGAGCCGCCUUCUGGUUCAACCCCUCCACGGUGUCCGGAAGCUGCAGCCACGGACAGAACUACCUCAACAGCACAGGGUAUCGUAAAGUGGUGCUGAACAACUGCACGAAAGGAGUGAAAGAAAUCUACACGGCCCGAAAGCAGCAGUGUCCCAACAGACCUCCCAAAGGACUCCAGCUCAGCACCCGGGACGGGAAGCUCACGGCUCACCAGGGAACCAACGUCACCUUCACCGUCAACCUGGACGAGGGCGACUCCUUGCGUACCAACAUCCAGCUGGACUUCGGGGACGGUACAGCGGUCUCCUACUCCAACCUGAGCUGGACCGAGGAGGGGAUCAAGCACGUGUACAAGUCUGCUGGCAUCUUCCGGGUCAGCGCUCUGGCCGAGAACUCUCUGGGCUAUGACUCCACCACACUCUACCUCCACGUCACAUGUCCAGUGGAGCACGUCCAGCUGCUGGCUCCAUUCGUGGUCAUCAGGAACAAAGAGGUGAACAUCUCUGCGGUGAUCCUCCCCAGCCAACCUCGCACGGUCACCUACUUCUGGUGGCUCGGGAACAACUCAGAGCCUCUUAUCUCUCUGGACGGCAGUAUCUCUCACACCUUCAGCUCUGAGGGGAUGCACAGCGUGACGGUGCAGGUGGCGGCGGGCAGCUCCAUCCUGCAGGACACCAGGACCAUCGCCGUCAAAGAAUUCUUCAAAUCUCUACUUUUAUCUUUCUCACCCAAUCUGGAUGAGUUCAACCCGGAUAUCCCUGAGUGGCGGCACGACGCGAGCCGAGUAAUUAAGAAGUCUCUCCUCCAAGUCUCGGACUUCCCAGAGGAGCAGCUCUUGGUGGCUGUGUUCCCAGGUGUCCCCACUGCUGCCGAGCUAUUCUUACUGCCGCGCAAGAACUUAUCGGAAACACGCAAGAAAACAGAAGAGCAACUGGAAAAGGCGUCGGACGUCAUCGUGAACGCUCUGAACCAGAACUUGGUGGAGUUUGAACUGAAGCCCGGGGUCAGAGUCAUCGUCUACAACACGCAGCUAACACUGGCGCCCCUGGUGGACUCCAGCCCUCAUCACAGCAGCUCGGCGAUGCUGAUGCUUCUCUCCGUCGUGUUCUUGGGUUUAGCCGUUUUCCUCAUCUACAAGUUUAAGAGAAAAAUCCCCUGGAUCAACAUCUACGCAGAGGUGAACCAGGAGAAGGAGCAGGAGAUGAUCGGCUCAGUGGGGCAGGACACCACGCCCAAAAUCACCCUCAGCGAGUUCCCCACGUCCAAAGAGCUGAUGGAGAAAGAGCUGGACGCCAGGGUCAAACGAGGAGUGGGCAACGCCUGCGAGAGCACAAGGGAGAUCCCGAACUGCACCAGCGUGUGA